CGCUGCGCUGAUAAAAUAAUGGUGGUUCUGCUGUGAGAGGUCAUCUUUCGCCAUCUUGCGAGAAGCCGGGAAAUUCUAUGACAAUAUUGGAUGUGAAACUUAGUUGAAGAACAGUAGUUUGUGUAUAUUUAUUGAUAAAUCAACCCUUAAUUUUUGAGGUAUUUCUCGUGAACAGCAACGGGUUACAUCAUUGUAUUCGACUCGAAAAGUGGUAAAAUGAUCAGGCAGUGAAAGGCGGGGUGUGAAAUAAAUUUGCAGUUCUCAAAAGAGCGCACCAGGCCCAUUGACUAUUGCAUGGAUAUGUGGCUGUGUAGUGCUCCAGCACGAGGCCGUAAUGAGUGACAAGUUUUGUGCACAAAGUCUGGAGUAAAGAAGGGCGUGUUUCUGAAUAUUCUUCCUUAAUUUGGUCGAAAUUUGGCGUCAACCGAUAAUUCGUGCUUCUCGAGGAGCUUGGAGGCUUCUCAGAAGGAGUACAUUUGUACCUGUUUCAAGCUAUUCACAUUUUCUUGGGGUCAAUCCAAGCCCUACUGGCCGAGGAGGUCACCACCCAUUCAGUCCAUUUUCAUUUGUGCCAACUUUGUGUGGGCACAGUGCUGUAUGUUCCAGCCUGGCGAAUUUUGUAGAAAACAAGCCGAACUCCAAGAUGGCCAGCAUGAGCAGGGCGAGGGUUUAUGCUGACGUCAACUCUCAUAGACCUAGAGAAUACUGGGACUAUGAAUCACAUGUUGUUGAAUGGGGGCAACAGGAUGACUAUCAGAUCGUCAGGAAGCUGGGAAGGGGGAAGUACAGUGAGGUCUUUGAGGCAGUUAAUAUCACCAGCAAUGAAAAGUGUGUGAUCAAAAUCUUGAAGCCUGUAAAAAAGAAGAAAAUUAAGAGAGAAAUCAAGAUCCUGGAAAACCUAAGAGGAGGCCCUAACAUCAUAGCACUACAAGCCAUUGUCAAAGAUCCAGUGUCCCGGACCCCAGCUCUUAUAUUCGAGUAUGUCAACAACACAGAUUUCAAGCAACUUUACCAAACGUUAAAAGACUAUGAAAUCAGGUACUACCUGUUUGAACUUCUUAAGGCUUUAGAUUACAGUCACAGUAUGGGUAUCAUGCAUCGUGAUGUCAAACCACACAACGUCAUGAUAGAUCAUGAAAACAGACGGCUACGUUUGAUAGACUGGGGUUUAGCAGAGUUCUACCAUCCUGGCCAAGAGUACAAUGUCAGAGUAGCAUCAAGAUAUUUCAAAGGUCCAGAACUCCUAGUUGACUACCAGCUGUACGACUACUCACUAGACAUGUGGAGUCUGGGCUGUAUGCUAGCGAGUAUGAUAUUCCGCAAGGAACCUUUCUUCCACGGCCACGACAACUACGACCAACUUGUGAGGAUUACCAAAGUCCUUGGCACAGAUGAGCUCUAUGAGUACCUGGACAAGUAUCAGAUUGAACUGGAUCCGAGGUUCAAUGAUAUCUUAGGAAGGCAUUCACAUAAACGAUGGGAACGGUUUGUCCACAGUGAAAACCAGCAUCUAGUCAGUCCAGAGGCUCUUGAUUUCCUGGAUAAACUAUUACGUUAUGAUCACCAGGAGAGACACACUGCAAGGGAAGCCAUGGAACACCCUUACUUCUAUCCAGUUGUGAAGGAACAGAACAGAUCGAUGCCACCAGUCAUGAGUACGCAACCCAACACCUCAACUAGCGCCACAAAUUCAAGCAGCGCAUCAUCUGCUCGUAAAGCGAUCGACACGAAAGCACGGCCGUCCGGCACCAUCCCUGGAGCCCCCUUGAUUCCGACACCCACAGCCCAGACUGUCUCACCGAUACCCAACCCCAGCCCAGCAGCAGCAGUAGCACCAUAGAUCAGUAUCCUCUGGACAGUGGUUUAACCAAAACAUGGAGAAGGUGUUGGGGAGAGAGAGAGGGAGGGAGGGGGAGGAGGCAAGAUGGUGCUAGGUUGUGGGUCAACACUGAUACUUAUGUCUUGCUUUGGAGCUCAUUUUGACAGCUCCCGUUAUUGAUAUUUUUUCUACGGGAAAAUGUAAGGAUAGUUCUCGUACCCUAGUAUCUCUGUUGCACGAUCAGCAUUAUGGUUUAGAAGAUGAGCUCCUUCAUUCCCAUCACGAUCCCUUCCCAACAUUUGUUCCACGCUGAAAUUUUGAAAGAUCCAUUCUUUUGGCUACACCACUUCACAAUUGUUUCCAUCGUUGUACAUCCUUCCUUGCUUUUGCAAAGAAAACACUUAAAUUUAGAUCAAGAAUCCUUGAAGAAUGCAUUUAACUUUUUGUGUCUUUGAGAGUUGUUUGAUCUGCCAUGCCAAACAGCCUGGCCUGGGUUAUAUUCUGGGAUUCCUGAUUUUGACACAAGAGAACAACUAAUAUUGACAAGGGCAGCGCUCUCUACAUUGUUUCUCUUGAAGUUUAUAGCAAGAGGGCAUUACCAAUAUUUUUCUCUCAAAGUAGAGUAGAGUAGCAAGUGGGUUACAUGCACUUGUAGCGCAACUACAAAAUCCAAGCGAUUGAUUUGGUGAUUUUGAAUGUGAAUAGUCUGUGUCGAGAUAGGAAUCAAGUUUGUCCCUUCCUUUUUCAAUGUAUAUGGUGUGUAAGAAAUUAACAAGUUAUAUUUUAGAAUGAAAAGGAUAGGAGAUAAAACAAUGUAAAAGAUGUCGAUUGGUGGCAGUUUUCUUGAAAUCAAUGAUGCCCAUGGCAAGCUGUAAUUGCCUUGUAUAGUAGCAUUUAAAGUGGGCAUGACUGAUUUUAUACUAUUUCACUGACAGGCUGUGAGGCCUUUAACUUUGUUGUAUGAUUUUAAUGAAAAUUUUGAGGCAAGUUUUAAGUUAUGAUAUAAAGUUUGGGUUGUAUUUUAUCAUGAAUUUCCUAGAUACAGAAAAUGGAAAUCUGUUCUGUUUUUUUUUAAUAUGAUGACUCAUUCGUAUGUUUGUAUGUCUGAAUGUAGUGUGGGUACUGACUUCAUACCAAAUAUUGAGUACCGAAUGUCAAGCUUACAAUGGUUUAAAAAAAACCUGCAACAAAUUGGCGAAAGUUCAGUAACUGUUCAAAUUAUCAGUCUAAGAAUGUUUUAUAAUCUACCAGUAGAUAUUACAGUGAUGUUGAUAUAGGUAUUUGCUCAGACAAAUAAAAAAAAAAGUUGGGAUUCAUGUAAGGGGAUGACAGCAGAUAUAUCCAUUUUAUAUGGUCUUGAAGUAGUUUGUCUUCUUUUCAAAUAGUCCUGAUACCUCAUGUGCUGAACUCAUUUGGUUUCAUCAUUCUUGGUCUAAUUGUCAUUUACUUUAAUGCCCACAUUGUCUAAUUUCAAUUGGCAAUUUCAACCCAUGGAAAACCCUCAUUCACUGUAGCAUUAAAGCUUCCCCAAUUUUGCAGAUUUGAACAAAAAGGUUGUGAAAAGAAGCACCCAAAAAUGAUAAUCAAUGUUUUGCCUGACAGAGAUGCUGUCAUCUACCAUUGGGAAAUGAUGAAAAUAUAUGUAAGUGUUAUAAAUUGAUGGCAUUCCAUGUGAAAGAUGUAUUAAGCUCAUCUUGGAAAAUCUGCAAAUGGUAAUUCCCAAUUCAUAGAUUUUGUUUUAAUAAGACAUAGAGCUUGACAGUGGCCUAUUUUUUUAAGGCCAGGGCUAUUGUUUGUUGUUAGACAAAGAAGGAAGCCCUUGAUUUUUAUUUAACUCUUAUUUUCACAAACUUAGCUACACUCCUGCCUUUUACAGUGGCAUUUUUAUACAUAUUAAUCUUCUCCUGUUGAAAAUUUAUUAUAGCCCCUAAGAAAACUCAUUUUGUAACAGUGUUCUACAUAGGUGGUCAUUAUAGAACUUCAUUGUUACAGAAGCUGCUAUGGUGACUGGAAUGAAUACAGUUUAUUUAAAGAAGUGAAUUCCAUCACAUUUUUUAGAUCGUUAAUGCUAAAAAUUGUGAAACCUUGCUACAAUUGGGUACAAAUCUAUGAAGCGAUAUGUAAGAGAGUUUUCAUGAACCAUUGCGUGUUAUUUUAGUUCAGGCUAUGUUAACCCCCCCCCCCAAAAAAAAGUGAACUUGGUUUGAUUUAAUGUGGUGUAUACUUCCUCAUAAGGAGUACAAGUCUCCAUUUGUUACGCAACCAGUCGGGUAUAUGUAUCAUUGUGAGAUUUUUAUUAUACUAUGUAUUUAUGAAUCAAACCAUCAUUUGGGGGACAUGUACAGAUGAACUGAAUUUUGUAGAAUUCUAAGAUUGUAUAUUUUGUACCACUUUUCUUCUUCUUUUUUGUUUCUUUAAUUUCAACCAUGUCAGCUUCUGGUUUGAGAUUUUCAGUAUUCUCUAAUAUACUCUAAAAGAUGUCUACAACUAUUUCAAAGAGAAAUUUUACCUUUUGUGAGGGCUGAACUCUAAACCAUUUCAGACUAUUUCAAAGAGGAGAUCUCAAUAAAAUUCUGCCAUUUGUGAGGUU